GAUGGCGAGGCAGCGGAAGAUGUAAAUGCCGCCUUUCUUAAUUUAUCCUUCGAGUCAGGCAUCACGGAUCACCUUGACAUCAGGUACGGCCUUUCAGAAGAUGCUUGUCUCGCCCACCUCAAGCUGCUUCAUGCUAUUCAGUCGAUGAAAGAGGGAGUUGGCUACACCGACGGGCUCUGGAAUCUCUGGGACGACCGCGGCAAAUGGGCUCUGGAUGAUUUACGGGCCGAUGCCGACUGGUCAAUGAUUCGCAAGCUUGAAAAAUCCAAUGCCAAAACCGUGACAAAGGCCGGCCACAGCAGGAUUCGCGAGAAGAGAUGGGCGCUCUUUGUCGCCCGCGCGGUCGACCGAUACGAGGCGUGGUGGAAGUCUCUGGGGGAAAACGACAUGCUGACCGAAGAAGAUAUGGCGGAUCCUGAUAGCUACAAGUUCAAGAAGUUUCCAACUUCUCGAAGACUAAUAUGGGAAGAGAGGAUGCUACCACCCUUAGAUGUGUUAAUGAUUCUUCAUACCCACAUGCUUAAUCCUCGCUCCUUCCUUGAGGAUGCAAUUCGAUACGGCCUGGGGACAUUUUGGGCCUCUGGUAUGCCAUGGGAGUUGAUUCACCAAGCAAUUGAUGCAGAUUUCAACUACAAUGUGUCUAACAAAGGAAAGAAAUACUGGUCGGCUCUGACUGGACGUCGCUGGCGGAACCGCAAAGAUCCCAUGACGAGAGUGGUCAAAUGCCCUUUCUGUCAAACGGACAAUGAAGUACCAUGGACAACCUGUGGAGUGAGCAGAGAAGCAAGCAAUGAAGAAUUUACUGGUUUAAUUGGCAGCGGCUUUGGCGAUGGCAAAUUUAGCCAUAAAUGCUCUUCUUGCGGAAAUGAGAACUACAAGGAGCUUCUAUCGCUGUCAAAAUUCGUUACAGAUGCUUCUGCUCUAUUAGAAAAAUCCACACCGAUGCCGGGAACGAUACUUGAGCCCAAGUCUGGCCGUCCUGAGCUCGUAAUGAACAACAAAUGGGACAAGACACCUGCUCGGUUAAGCAUGAAUGCGGUGAGAGAUAUGAUCCAAGAGACUCUGUCUGACUAUAAGAAGAUCCGAAACAUAGAUUCCGAUAAAGGACCUUUUGGCCGCUAUCAAAUACACCCCUGGGCUGGAAUCUCCGUCCGCAAAAUGAUGAGCCGCUACUGGCUAAAUUUCUCUCCAUUUGCGCUUGACCUUUGCGCUGCGGUUAUGCGCCAAGGAGUCUUUAUUGAAAAGAUGGUCAAGAUUGACUGGCUUCACAGUCCCAACGCAAGAGACACCAUGUCGCGACUCAUUACAAAAUACGACAGGUUUAUACAGAUCAUGUGGAAGCAUCCUACCAAGAUGGUCGUGCCGACGCUGGACGUGGAUUUGGCCUGGCAUACGCACCAGCUGAGGCCUUCGCAUUAUUACUACUACACAGUCUCGAAAACUGCAAAGUUUGUCGAUCACGAUGACAAGAUUGACGAAGACAAGCUUAGCAGGUGCUUUGAAUGGACGACGAAGACGUAUCAAAGCAUGUUUGGAGAAGUAUACAGCGAGUGCACGUGCUGGUAUUGCGAAAGACUCGGCAAGGUGCUCGGCAUCUCAAACAAUGACAAACUUUCCGACACGUUUCAUGCGUCUGGCGGAGCUGAAACGCAUACGUCAGGCACAUCAGCUCAUAUUUCGUUUCACAAUGCUGUGAAGACGAGAGAGACAGAAGAUCGAAAGAAAGUUACGGCGAGAGUGCGUGCACGCCAGCGCCAAUGGCUUGAACAAGAGUACAAAAAGGCGGAAAAGAGGGCAGAGAAGAAAGGUCGAACGCUGCCUCCUAAAAAAGAUUAUUUCAGUCUAUGGGGUACGAACUAUACUGUGUACGGGCCCUACCCAUUUCCUCCAUGGUUUGCACCUGGGAUAUACUACGGGUGGGAUCCAUCCGUAGUUCAUAAUGGCGCAGGAGCGUGGGCGAAUUGUGCCGCCUAUACAUGCGGCAAUGGGAGCAUAGCCGCUGGUUCUUGCGGAGGCCCUGGAGGAUGCAUCAAUGGCAAUGGAGGGACUUGCGGAGCCAGCGGUGCUGGAUGCGGUGGUGGAGUUGUGGGAGGAGCUGGAGGAGGAGGAGGCACUGGAGGAUGCGGAGGAGGCUGUGGU